CUCGUUGUCUUUCAUGAUCUCAACAUAAACAAGACAAAACGCUUUUGUCUCUUUGUCUAAAUCUACGAGAGGAACGAAGAGAAGACAAAAAUAUCGAAUAUUCUUAUAAAUCUUGCAUAGAUAAGAAGAAGAUUCAAGGCCCCGAAUGGUCAGAAAUCCGAUUGGAUAAUGCACGAAUACCGUCUUGAGACCGAUGAAAAUGGACCACCUCAUGAGGAAGGCUGGGUGGUUUGCCGCGCUUUCAAGAAGAAACUAACCACAAUGAAUUACAACAAUCCAAGAACAAUGAUGGGAUCAUCAUCUGGCCAAGAAUCUAAUUGGUUCGCGCAGCAAAUGGAUAUGUCGUCUAAUGGUAAUUACUAUCAUCUUCCUGAUCUAGAGAGUCCAAGAAUGUUUCAAGGCUCAUCAUCAUCAUCAUUAUCAUCAUUACACCAGAAUGAUCAAGACCCUUAUGGUGUCGUACUAAGCACUAUUAACGCAAAUUCUGCAACCACAAUAAUGCAACAAGAUGAUGGUCAUGUGAUUACCAAUGAUGAUGAUCACAUGAUCAUGAUGAACACAAGUACUGGUGAUCAUCAUCAAUCAGGAUUACUAGUCAAUGAUGAUCAUAAUGAUCAAGUAAUGGAUUGGCAAACGCUUGAUAAGUUUGUUGCUUCUCAGCUAAUCAUGAGCCAAGAAGAGGAAGAAGUUAACAAAGAUCCAUCAGAUAAUUCUUCGAAUGAAACAUUUCAUCAACUCUCUGAAGAACAAGCUGCAACAAUGGUUUCGAUGAAUGCCUCUUCCUCUUCUUCUCCAUGUUCCUUCUACUCUUGGGCUCAAAAUACACACACGUAAGAUCAGUCCUCAAAACGUGUGUAAAUCCACACGCCUAUAUAUAAUUAAUUCAUGAGGCUCAU